AGCGUACCGAUUUUCUUUUCUUUCCUCUUCCUUUCCCAGAAAAUCGCCGGAGCCAGAGAAACCGAGAGAAAAUGCGAGAAAGGCCAGACUAUUCGGCCGAGGAGGAGGAGGGGGAAGAGAGAAAACCCCGGAGAAAAUCCCGAGACGCUCCCGAGACCGACGGGAAAAUGCGCGAAAGCUCCGAGACCAGCAAGAGAUCGAGGGAGAGCUCCGACUUGGGGAACGGAGAACGCAAAUCCAGCAGGAGGAGCGAGAAAACGAGAGGGAGCUCGGAUUCCGAGGAGAUUGAGGAGAGGAGAGGGAAGAAGAGCGGCAGGACGAAGAGGAGGAGGUCGCGGCGACGGUACAGUAGCGAGUCGGGCUCCGACGAUUCGGGCUCGGAGGAUGCCGAUUCGGAAUCGGAAUCGGAAUCGGAAUCGGAGGGUUCGGGUUCAGUGAGCGAGAGUGAAGAGGAGAGGAGGAGGAGGAGGAGGAAGAGGAGAGAGAAGCGGAGGAGGGAGGAGGAGAGAGAGAGGAAGAGGAGGAAGAAAGACAAGGAGAAGAGGAGGAGGAGGAGCAGGAGAGACGAUGAUGAAGGAGAGGAGGAAGAGAGAAGCAAGAAGAAGAAGAAGAAGGAGGAGAAGAAGAAGAAAGAGAGGAAGAAGGGUAAACAGAAGGAGAGGGCCGAGAGAGGCAAAACGGGUGCAGUGACCAACUGCUGGGGAAAAUACGGGAUCAUCAGAGAAACUGACAUGUGGAAUAAACGUCCUGAGUUCACUGCUUGGUUAGCAGAAGUAAAAAAGGUGAACCUGGAAAGCCUGGCUAACUGGGAAGAGAAACAGAUGUUUAAAGAGUUUAUGGAAGACCAUAACACAGCUACCUUCCCUUCUAAAAAGUAUUAUAACCUCGAUGCUUAUCACCGACACCAAAUGGAAAAGGAACUGAAAAAGGGUCUCAAGAAGGUUGUCUCCAAAGAACGCAUAGUUUUCAAUGAUGAAGAACAGCGCCGGCAAGAACUGAUGGUAGAACGUGAAAGGCAGAAAGAGCAGGAGGUUGAAACUUUGAAGCGUUCAAUGCAGGGUGGAAUGGCACAAGCAAUGAAAGAACAGGCUCUAUUGAGGGAAGAGAUGGCUUACCAAUAUAAGCUUGGCAACUUUGAGGCUGCAGCUGCCAUUCAGAGAAGAUUGGAUCCAAAUAUUGCCAUGUGAUGCAUCAUGGCCGUGCUCCGCCCUUGUCCUCUUUAUGAAUAGUGACGAGACUAUUCAUUUGAAACUCUCUCCUUGUGAUGUCACUGCCUGAUGCAUCAGCAUCACCUCAAGUUUUUGGAGAUGAGAGGUCGGCUCUUGGAUGUACAAAGUAGCUGCGCUGUUACUUGCUCUUUCCAACUGCGGUGCUCUUAUUUAUCCUGAAAUAUGUAGGCUUUGGGGUCUUUUUCUAUAUGGUGCUAAGUAAAUGAAGUUUGCAAGAAAAGAAAGACUGUUUUCAAUAUAUGAUAUACUCAGCAUUAUAGACGGCCA